CCAUGCUGUCGUAAUCAGAAAACAUAUCUGCCAUCUGACAGUGCAGACAGAGAUUUUUCAGAUGGCACAGCAAGACACCAGAACUCUGGCCGGAGGCUGCUUUGGGAAGGUGUACAGGGAGAAGUACAAGGACCAAUGGGCUUGCAUCAAGAGGGUUCCAAUCGGCCUCAUACGCAUGACAGACCUAGAGAGAGAGUGCAAAGUGUAUCGCAAUGCACAGCAUCUCAAUGUGGUGAAGCUAUUGGGAGACCCAUGGUUGAAAGAAUCCAAGUGGAACAUUCCUCUUGAAUUCAUCACAGGCGAAGAACUUGAGACAACAAUCUUCUGUUCUCAGAAAUCUAAAAUAAAGUUGACCUCUACUGUCAGAGCAACCAUUAUCAGUGGCAUGUGUGCAGGGCUGUUUCAUCUUCACAGUAAAGACAUUGUGCACCAGGACAUUAAACCUGACAACAUCAUGGUGGAACAUGAAACUAACCGCCCCGUCAUCAUAGAUCUAGGACUGGCUAAAUUCUUCAAGGAUGGAAAAACGUCGGCCAUAAACGUAGGCAACGAGGCUUACUCCGCUCCUGAAAUCCUGCUGUGGCAGGGUGUGCGGGACAAACGCUCAGACGUCUGGGCGAUGGGCAAGGUCAUCGCUGAGCUGUGUGCCAGGGUCAGACUACCUACGCACGCCGUCACGCCCAGCAAAAUCCAGGAGACCCUAGCUGCCCAUCCUUACAGCGUAGCAGUGUCCAAAAUGGUGGACAGCAAUCCUGAUACCAGAAUCCCCAUGGCUUUAGUGAUGGCUGAUAUCAAGAGAGCAGAGGGAAAGGUGAGAGAGGAGGAGGCUCGGGCAGGGGAGGCAGCAUCAGCUCAUCCUGGUCUUAAGGCUGGCGUAGGUCUUGCUGGUGUCGCUAACGACAAAACAGGGCUGCACCAGAGAGGGGGCUUGAAUGUACCCUCUCCAGCAGAGGCAGAGUCCAACACAGUCACUAUGUUUAUGAUUCUAGGAGUGGUGGUGGGGUCCUUGAAACAAAAGAAGUGGUGA